CGACUGUUGAGAGUGGAAAGGGAAAGGGGAAAGAUGUUGAUGACCUUAGCUGGAAGGUCACAGGUCCAGUUGCAGGAGGACCUACGGUUGGGUCAGUUAUCCCUAGUUUUGGUGGACACAUAGCUAUGGAGAUUUGGGGAGAGGGAGAUAGAAUUCCCCUGAAGUGUCAGACCCGAGAGAGGAUUUGUGCACGUUUGAGGACAUGGGUUAGGACCUUGCCUCCACCGAUACAGGCUCGUCUUCAUAGGACGUCUCUGUACCAUAUCCCUUUUACUAUGUUCACACACAUUGAUGCACCCUUGAUUUCAACAUUUGUCGAGCGGUGGCAACCCGAUACGAGUUCUUUUAACCUACCGUUUGGGGAGAUGACGAUCAUGAUGCAUGAUGUAGUGCAUAUAUUGCAUCUUCCAGUUGAGGGGUGUCUGGUUCAUGACACCACUUCAUUUGGUGCUCUUAGGGGUUUGGUUGCUGACUUGAUCGGUAGGACAAUUGCAGACCUUUGGAGUCCAUUUUGGGAUAAUGGUGCUAUUAGUGCACAGGGGGUUGCUGAGAUUCUGUCAGAAGAGCCACCUGCUCCAUUGGAGAGACAGCUGACGGGCAUUAUAUGGUUGAUUUUAGGGUGUUGUUUGUUCACAGAUAAGAGUGGAUCGAGGUUGAGACCAUUUGACCUUGUUGAGGCUAGUUCUCCAGAUAACAUUCACACGUUCUCUUGGGGGUCGGCUACACUUGCGUACUUGUAUCGUCAGUUGGGUGAGGCUAGUCGGACCUCCACAGUUGGGAUCACUGGAUGUUUGACUUUACUCCAAGCAUGGAUUUAUGAGUACUUUCCAUGCUUCAGGCCACGCGCACAGCAUAUCAGUGGUGGGGGAGGUCCACGAGCGCAGAGUUGGACUGUGUACCCGGAGAAGAGGUCUCAUGACCGUCUUUGUUCCAUCAGGAGACAGCUGGACACUCUCACAGCAGAGGAUGUGGAUUGGUUGCCUUAUGGUCAUGAUUUUGAUCCGACCACCAUCUCGAGAACAUUAUACAGGGGUACCAUUCGAUAUCGGGGAGUCGUCGAGCCCUAUAUGCCUGAUCGAUGUUUGCGGCAGUUAGGUCGUAUGCAGAUUGUACCUGUUCCUGUUAUUGCUCCAGAGUCUGCAUCUAGGCCUAGCAAGGGAAAGUAUGUUGUGCAAUCUUCUCCUGUCUACUGUGAGUCAUCAUGGUCUUCGUUCCCGACAGGUAAUUGUAUAUACUUAGAACUAUUUAAGAAAGGUUCAACACCGUCGGCUUGUUCUACUGAUUACUUAUCUUGGUAUGAACGACAUUCACAUCCAUAUCUAUUGAAUGGAGGUAAUGUUGCACGAUCCAUACCAGAUCGUACGGCGACCGAGCAGGUAAUAUAUUUAAAUGGUUUAAAUAUUUGGAUUAAUGUACUUGUAUUUCAUAUAUUGACGAGCACGUAAAUAUUUUUUUUUUGUUUUUCAGUUGAUGAAUAGGUGGAUACAUGCAGCCCGCCCAGUAUUAGAACAUAGGGAUGAGAGUGAAUGGCUAACAGAAACAUGUCAGACGUUUGAUCAGCUCAUUCAGGAUUGGAACAAAGUGUUAAAUAAUACGAAUGAAGAGAAUGAGUAGCAUAUUUUAGUUAUGUUUAAACACUCGAUGUUUUUGUUAGUUUUUAUAAUUCAUAAUACUUUUAACUAUUUGUAGUAGUUUUAUUUAGUUCAAAUUAUGUUUUUUA